AUGACAGACGAAGCCUCAUCCAAUAGAAGCAAAGACACUACUCACAUGAUACAGAUCUUUAUCAAGACGCCCAUCAACCCCAAAACCCUCUGUCUACGACUCGAUCACAAAACAACCGUCUCCGACCUGAAAGACAUCAUUCACAGGAAGUUGGCCAUUCGUCCUGCUUUGCAAAAUCUUUACACAAACAACAAAAGGUUCAAGUUGUGUGACGCUUUGACUCUUCUUGAUCUUGGCAUUAAACCGGAGACAAACAUUGAUCUAACAUUAGCAGAAGGAUUGCUUGGUGGCGCCCCAACACCAGUAGACGAGACACUCCUACGGACUUUAGCGGUAAACCUCUGCAAGGACUGGCAGCAACUCGCAGACAAGCUUAUGUUCAGACAAGCAGAGAUUAGCAAGUUUGAACGCCUCGCUGAGAGCAACCCAGAAGAACAGGCUUACAAGAUGCUAGAUUCUUGGUGGAGCAAGCAUGCUGAUAACGGAGAAGCGGGAGAAUGGUUGAGAAGUGCUUUGGCUCAGAUAGGUCGUCGAGAUUUAGCUGCGAGGAUCCCAGGUUAUGUACCCCACUCCCCAAGAGCAGGUAGCAACAGGCAGUCACCGGAACAUCAGUCAACAUCCGAUGGAUCAGGUAUUAAUGAGAUGUGA